AUGGUGCUGAAGGUAAUGUAUGUGAUCGAGCUGCUGGAUGCUGAUGAUGGAGGGAUUGAACUGGUCGAUCCAGCAUGGAGUGAGUUCUCUAAUUUAUGCAAAUUUCAGCGAGUGAGAAGGGAUCCGAGACCUUAACGGGCGCCGAUUUUGAUGUGAAUAUCAGCGAUGCCCACUCGGAGUUCAGCGAGUAUUCGACGAUCAGUCGGAAGUCGACUUCAGCCAUCGGUCCGGCCCUAAUUUCUGCUUUUAUUUUGCUCAUUUGCAUAAAUUUUUGAAAUCUUUUGUAUUUUUAGGUCCGGAAGAGGGUCCGCCGAGAAAAAAAAUCAAAUCCCCUCCGGCAAUUUCACCCACCGGCUCCUCUACCAGUCUUUACAGUGGUGGAUCCAGCAUUGAUUGGAGUAAGUAAAAUAAAAAAUCUUCGAAUCAUUUUUUUGCUUGGUUUAGCGACAACAGGAACGACCCUGGAUAUGCAGGGAACUCGAGUUACACGAACUCAAUACGGAUUCCGGACACUUCAGGAAUCCUCAGCCAAAAUGUGUUUAAAAGUGACAGGAUAUCCAUUACCAGAGAUUACUUGGUAAGUCUUAUUCUGUACUAAAUGAUGAUGUACUUGCAGGUAUAAGGAUGAUGUUCUCUUGAAAGAAGACGAACGACGAACAUUCUACGCCGAUGAUGAUGGAUUCUUCGCAAUGACUAUCGACCCAGUACAAGUCCGUUUUACAUUUUGAGCAUUUUUUGAUCGUAAUCAAAGUGUAUCCCUAAUUUUUCUAGGCCACAGAUACUGGUCGGUACACUUGCGUUGCAACCAACGAAUACGGGCAAGCCUCGACUUCAGCCUUCUUCAAAGUGCUGAAAGUGGAGAAAGAAGCAGCCCCUCCGGCAUUUACAAACUCCUUGCGUGAUCAGGAGUGUAAAGAAGGAGAGGUGGUCAACUUCGAGUGUGAAGUGGAAGGAUGGCCAGAACCAGAACUGGUGUGGUUGGUGGAUGAACAACCCCUCAGGCCAUCCCACGACUUCAGAUUACAAUACGAUGGCCAGAAGGCAUCUUUGGAGAUUAGGGAUGCUCAGCCGGAUGAUACCGGCAUCUAUGCUGUUAGGAUUACAAAUGAAUUCGGGACCAAAGAGACCAAUGCAAAGCUGGUCGUUCAGCCAGAUCCGGAUAAAAAUCAUGUCGCUCCGGAAUUCCAGGUAAGCAAGGCAGAUGAAUCGAUACUGUAUAACAGUAGUUGAGGCCAAUUAGACGCCCUUUAACUUUAAUCUUCAAUUUGAUUUUAUCAUAGAUUUUGUAUAUUAGGCAGUCACAGAAGACGUGGAAUGUGACGAAGGCGAUACGGUCAAGUUCAAGGCCGUAAUUACGGGUGAUCCGGAGCCAGACAUUGUCUGGUAUGUGAACGGCCAUCCCCUGACCCCAUCCGAGAAAAUAAAAUUCAUAUCAGAAGACGGAAUCUGCAUCGUCACCAUCAAGGACGUGUCCCGUCAUUUCGAUGGAACCAUCACUUGCGAGGUAAUUAUUUUAUGUCAAGUAUCAUAUAACAGAUGAACGCACUUCAAAUGUCAGCACAAUGCUUUUAAGUAACAUAUGAGGGUUUUAUUUACUACGAAUUAUCAGUUAUUUUAAUACCUUUUUCUAAUUUUAUUUCCUCCGAAAGCCCCUCUGAACUGGGAUCAUGAACAAAAACAGGUGUGUCCUCAGAGGAAAGUUUAAAAAGAAUGCCAUUUGCACUCUCCGCCACCGCCUACGCAUUCUUUCGAGUCCAGUCAGCUUUAGUGCCAAAAUAAUUGAUAAAGAAGAAUGAUAAGGGAAUGGAAGAAAUUUGCAUAAUUAAAUUAUAUUUGCAUAAUUAAAAAAACGAAAAAAAAUCUCGUAGAAAUUGCUCUUACAGUUGAACUCCAUUUCAGGGCAAAAACAGAUUGGGAACAACAACCUGUGAUGCGCGACUCAAGGUCCGGGUACCCCCUCUUCCUCCACAAUUCGACAGGCCCCUCGAGGACAGAAUUGUCACCGAGAAAUCAGCCGUCAUGUUCGAGGUUGAUGUCAGCGGUUACCCUGAUCCAAAAGUUGAAUUCUUCUUGAAAGGAAAGAAAUUGGAAGACGGAAUUAAUGGAGUCUCUAUCCAACAAAGAGACAACUACUACAAGGUGACCAUUCAGAACUGUUCUUUGAAUGAACAUGAUGGUGAGAUCUUGGCCAGAGCCAUCAACGAACAUGGCCAAGCUGAGAGCAGAGCCAGAUUGGUGGUAGAGCCAGAAGAAGAGGACUCAAGGAGUGCCCCAACCUUCCUCAAGGACAUCGAAGAUCAGACUGUAAAGAUGGGAGAGAAGGCUACUUUUACAACAUGUGUAAAAGGAAGUCCCAAUCCAACUGUCAGUUGGUAUAUCAAUGGAACCAAGCUUGAACCAGACGAAUUCACAAAGAUCGAAGCCAAUGGAAGUGACCACAAAUUGGUGGUCGACUCCACGAAAUACGCCGGUACUGUGCUCUGCAGGCAAGGUUUAAUUUUUUUUUAUUUAGCCAUCACAUUUUAGAGCUGAGAAUCAAAUCGGCCGCUUCGAAACCAAGGCCAGAUUGAUUGUUUUGCCUUUGGAAAAGAAGAAAAAAUCUCCAGAAUUCACUCAACCAUUGAAAGAUGUUACCGAACUCGAAGGAAACACGGCUGUGUUCGAAGUCACCGUCGACGCUGAACCUAAGGCCACAUUAACAUGGAAAGUUAACGGAAACACCGUCACAGAAAACGAUAAAUUCAAAUUCCGAGAGUUCAAUGGAAGCUCCAAAUUAGAAAUCCACAAAAUUGAUCUCAAAGAUAUUGGCACCGUCACUUGUACGGCCACCAAUUCUGAAGGCGAGGCCACUUGUCAGGCCAAGUUGAAUGUCACCAGACAUGAACAGAAGCCCAUUCUCAAGAAGAAACCGAAUAAUGCAACAGUCCCCAUUGGCCAAAAAGUCGUUUUCGAAGCUCAAGCUGACGCUGUGCCGGCAGCUGAAUUCACGUGGUACAUUGAUGGAAAGAAAGUUUGGAAUUCGACGCAGGGAACUUCCAUCGAGACAGAUACCCAGUCUGGAACAACCAAGCUCGUAAUCGACACCAACAUCCUUCCAAAUCCAGCUACAAUUGUCAUCGUCGCUGAGAAUAAAUUAGGCACCGAUGAAGGAAUGGCUCAACUCUUUACAACACAAGCAGCUCAAGAAGAUUAUCAAAAACUCGAACACGAAAAGCUCAAGGAACACGCCGAAUUUAACGUCCAUUCAGAAUCCGCAGAACCCUCCACUACCAUUUCUCAUGAGAAACUUCAAGAAGGAGGGCGUCAAGUCAUCUCUUUCGAAGCCGAAGAAGAACCUUAUCGUCGAGAAUCUGUUGAGAGAUUCGAAGAGCAUGCUCAUUCGAAUGUUCAGGGACUUCAAGAAGUUGGUGGAUUCAAUCAAUUGGAUAACAUUUCUCAACAAUUGAUUAUGCAGAAGGAACUCUUCAACCAAAGGGUUCAGCGAGGCCAUCAAGCUCAAUUCCAAACAGUCGUUGAGAACGCAAACAAUGUCAGAUGGUGGAUGGGAGACCAACUUCUGGGACAGACAUCCCCUGGAGUCAGAUUCUCCGAAGGCCCGGCCAAUGAGCACAUUCUGAUUGUAGAGUCAGCUCAAUCUUCAACGACUAUUAAGUUCGAGGCUGGUUCUGGAGAUAACCAAGUCCAGAGUCUUGCCAGACUAGACGUCGCCGAUCGGCCAACCUUCACCCAAGGUGGUCUUAACCCAGUAGUUAAAGUUGAAGAAGGCCAACCUGUGGUAUUGAAUGUUAAAUUCACUGAGGAAGCCAAGGUCAACUGGAGCUACAACGACAGACCCAUCGGCGAAGCUCUGCCUGGCGCUCAAGUCACCACCCAAGACGGGGAAUCCAUUUUGAGAAUCCCAGAAGCCAAGCCUGACAUGAAUAAUGCCAUCCUGGGAGUCUCGGCUGAAAAUGAAUUCGGAAAAGCUUCGGAGGAAACAAGAUUGGUGGUCGAUAAGAAAGGAGAACCUCCAAAGAUCACCAAAGGUCCUCCAAACAAAUCAGUCCAUGAACACGAAGUUGUUCUCUUCUCAGCUGAAGUUAGUCAAGUUCAACCAAUUCCAACUGUUGAAUGGAGAGUCAACGGAGAACUUGUUACUCCAUCACAUCCAACCUUUGCUCUCAGUCAAGUUGGAAAUCAAUAUAUGUUGAGAGUAAAUGACGCUGCCAUCAGUCACAGUGGAAACGUUACAGUAACCGCAAAGAACUCGGCUGGUGAAGACAGUGCCCAAUCGACGUUUGAGGUGAAGAAGAAGCCCAAGCCGGUACCCUCAUUCAAACAGGGAAUCCCUGGAGAAUUGAAUGCCAAAGAAGGAGAGCCUCUUAAAGUUACAGUAUCCGCGCCCAAUGCCGAUCAAAUAAAUUGGUCAUUGAACGGAGAACCUCUUAAAGAUGGUCAAAAUGGAGUGCAGAUUACUCAGAAUGGGCCCGAAUCUUCCUUGCACAUCCCAUCCGUCUCUAAAGAUCAUGCCGGCAAACUGGGAGUGGAAGCCGUUAAUGAGAGUGGAAAAGAAAAUUCAGAUGGAAAUCUGAAAGUAACACCCAAAGGAUCACCUCCAAAGAUCGCCGAAUGGCCUCAGGGCGCUAAAGUCACCGAAAAAGAGACCGUUCAAUUCUCCUCAACUAUUCAAGGAGAACCAAAGCCAGAAGUUCAAUGGACUGUUAAUAACAAACCGGUUGCUACGUCUGAUGGAAAGUUUGUUCUAUCAGAAGACGGUAACAAAUAUACCCUUACCAUCAAGGAUACUGCGCUCGAAAAUGCUGGAGAGAUCCAAGUCCAGGCUAAGAAUCCACUCGGAUCUGAUAAGGCCGCCGCUUACCUUGAAGUUAAGCCAGCUCCGAAGCCACCAAUCUUCAAACAGAAAUUGAACGAUGCCAAUGUAGAUGAAGGAAAGCCAGCAACCUUCACAGUCACAUUAGAGAACCCGACACCAGAUACCAAGGUAACCUGGUCGUUGAAUGGAAAACCCUUACAAAAUGGACCGGAUGCACAGGCAAGUAUAAUGAGGCUUACAAUUAGUUUAACUUUGGACCAUAAUCAGCUUUAACUUUAGAUUAGUGACAAUGGAAAUGGAACUUACACCUUGGUCGUUCCAAAAGCCACCCCAGAUCUUGCUGGAAAAAUCGCAGUUAAGGCGGAGAAUCCGAUUGGAGCCAACGAAUCUGAUGCCAAUCUGAAUGUGAAGCCGGCCUUGAAACCUCCGAUCUUCAAACAAGGCCUUGGUGAUCAGAAUGUGGAUGAAGGAAAGCCGGCCCAAUUCACGGCCAUUCUUGAGAAUCCAACACCGGACACAAAGAUAACUUGGCUGCUGAAUGGGAGCCCGAUCCAGAAUGAACCAAAUGCUCAGGUAUCAUAACCCACUUUUAUUGAUAAGGCCAGAUGUUCUGGAAACCUUAGGAACUCGGGAAACGUCUAGUUCGGCCAGCUCUUGAGAUUUUCCCCUUAGAGUAUUCAAUUUAUAUUAUAAGACUAUUGAGAUCUGACACCUAGCUCUACUUCUAAAAUAUUUUUAUUUGAUGGUAUCUUUCUGUGGAAAUAAUAGCAAGGUCGGAAUGGUUUUCCUCGAGAGGAACCCCUCGUUGAGAGGAACCCCUCAUCGAGAGGAACCCCUCGUCGAGAGGAACCCCUCGCGAGGGGUUCCUCUCGAUUUUUCCGAAUAUGGAGGAAAUGUUGGAUAUAGAGGUAAUCGAUGACGGGAAUUUCAAAAAUGAUGUUAAUUUUUUCUGAUUUUUACUUUUUUUCUUAACUAGUAGUGUUAAAAAGUAAUUUUUGGAAUUUUUUCUAUAAAUACUCGAUUUAGGGGUUUUCGAGGGUGCUGAUUUCGAAAAUCAUGUUAGCUUUCCUGUUUAUAGUACUAUCUGGUACUAUGCAGUACGAGGUGAAAAUAUGGCUUUUGGCGUUAAUCGUGUUGUUUUGAUGCUUAGUACUCCUCAAAAACACGUUUUAAAUAAUUGGUACUGUUUAGUACUUUCUGGUACUAUGUAGCACAAGGUAAAAAUUUAGCCUUUAGGCGUUAGUGGUGUUGUUCUGUUGCUUAGCACUCCUAUUUUCACCUUGUACUACAUAGUACCAGACGGUACUAAACAGUACCAGUUAUUUAAAACGUGUUUUUGAGUACUAAGCAUCAAAACAACACCAUUAACGCCAAAAGCCAUAUUUUCACCUCGUACUGUAUAGUACCAGAUAGUACUAUAAAGAGGAAAGCUAACAUGAUUUUCGAAAUCGGCACCCUCGAAAACCCCUAUAUCCAGCAUUUUUAGAAAAAUUUCAAAAAGUUACUUUUUAACACUACUAGUUAAGAAAAAAAAUCAAAAUCAGAAAAAAUUAACAUCAUUUUUGAAAUCCCCGUCAUCGAUUACCUCUAUAUCCAACAUUUCCUACUCGGGGGUUCCUCUCAACGAGGGGUUCCUCUCGACGAGGGGUUCCUCUCAACGAGGGGUUCCUCUCAACAAGGGGUUCCUCUCGACGAGGGGUUCCUUUCGAUGGCAUUCGGUCGGAAUAAUAUAAAAAUGAUUAAGAUAUAUGCUAAUAUUUCAAUUUCAGGUGUCGGAUAAUGGAAACGGAACCUAUACUUUGAACAUUCCUAGUGCCAGCCCUGAUCGCAGUGGUAAGAUCUCGAUCAAGGCCGAGAAUCCAGCUGGAUCCAACGAUUCCAAUGCUAAUCUGAAUGUAAAACCAGCUCUAAAGGCACCCAUCUUCAAACAAGGGCUUAAUGAUGCAAAUGUUGAUGAAGGAAAACCAGUUACUUUUACUGUUACCUUAGAGAAUCCAACCCCAGAUACAAAACUCACUUGGUUCCUGAAUGGAAAACCAGUCCAAGCCGGGCCUAAUGCUCAAGUAAGUAGCAAUAAACUAGUGAUAUCAUUAUGAUAAAAAUACGACUAAUUUUUGUUGCAGAUCGCUGACAACGGUAAUGGAACAUAUACCUUGACCAUUCCCAACGCCACUCCUGAUCUUUCUGGAAAGGUCAGCGUUAAGGCCGAGAAUCCAGCUGGAUCUAACGAAUCAAAUGCAAAUCUGAACGUGAAACCAGCCCUUAAACCACCUCAAUUCAAAGCAAAACUAUCGGAUAAAUCAGUCAACGAAGGCCAACCCAUCAGAUAUGACGUGGAGAUCGAGAACCCAACUCCAGACACCAAAUUGACUUGGCUUUUAAAUGGAAAACCUUUAGAGAAUGGUGACAAAUGCCAGGUAAGAAAAACAACAAAUACUUAUACUUUUAAUCUAGAUUGUCGAUCAUGGAGAUGGAACCCAUCAUUUGACUCUAUCCCAUGCCACUCCAGAUAUGACUGGUCAAUUGACUGUUAAGGCUGAAAACCCAGCCGGAUCUAGCGAUUCUUCAGCCAAAUUGGAAGUCAAGGCGGCUGGAGAUAAACCCAAAUUCAGCAAGGUCCCUCAAGAUGCUGAGACCGAAGAAGAAAACUCGGUUAAGUUCAGCGCUUAUGUCAGUGGAAAACCAAGCCCUAAAGUGACGUGGUAUCUGAAUGGAGAAGAGGUCAAACACAGUGAUGCGAUCAGGGUAAAGCAUGACCCUGAGAGUGGAAAAACCUCUAUCAGAAUAUUCAAACCCGUCAUUCCUCAGGUAAUAACAUAAAUAUAAUACAUCAGCUUUCGUAGUACUGAGCAAUGUUUUAAAAAUUUUAGAGUGGAGUUGUCAAAGUUGUCGCUGAGAAUGAACAUGGAAAGAUCGAAGCUCAGGCCAAUCUUAAGGUGGUCAAGAAACUCGAGAUUCCAGAGUUCAUGACUGACAUGACCGAUCGUCAAAUCAAUGAAGGCGAGAGUGCUAAGUUCACAACCAAGAUCAAAGGAUAUCCUGAGCCAGAAAUCUCAUGGACUCUUGAUGGAAAACCGAUCACAGCCACAAAUAUCAAGAUUUCCGCCUCCGGCGAUGUCCAUACCCUCGAGAUCACUGAUGCCGAGAUCUCACAGACUGGCGAAGUCUCUUGUUCUGCUACCAACAGCAAAGGAACGAAGAAACAGAAUGCUCAACUGAUCGUUAAGGAGGUUGGAAGAGCCCCACUGUUCAUCAGAAACCUCGAAGAUAAGAUGGUUGAUGAGAGAGAAACAGUGGUUAUGUUGGCCGAACUCGACCCUAAAGUCAAACCAAAACCAUCUGUCAGCUGGUUUAAGGAUGGACAACCAUUGGAAUCAGAUGAACAUAUCAAGGUCGAGGUGAAGGAUAAUCAAUGCAAGUUGAUGAUCCUCCAAGCUCAACUCAAUGACAAAUGCCGUAUCACCAUCAAGGCUGAUAAUGUCUUUGGAACUGCAGAGACAGCCGCCAGCAUCGCCGUCCAGAGGAAGCAAAUGCAGACCAAGCCACAAUUUCUCUCAGAACUUCAGCCUUUGACUAUCCAGGAAGGAGACAGUCUCCAGACGAGCAUUCUGAUAAGUGGAAACCCCACUCCAAUUGCAAAGUGGUAUAUCAACGAUCAAUUGGUUUGUCAGACUGAGGAUACGGAGAUCAAGAAUGAGAAUGGAGUAUACUCUCUUGUUAUUCAUGGGUGCACUACUGACAUGACUGGUAAAAUCAAGUGCACUGCGGUAAACAGAAUGGGAGAAGUCAGUACGGAAGGAACGCUGAAUGUAAUAGCUCCCAUCCCCGUUGAAUUCGAGACCUCCUUGUGCGAUGCCACAUGCCGCGAAGGGGAUACUCUCAAGUUGAAAGCCGUCCUUGUUGGAGAACCCAUGCCCGAUGUCACUUGGUAUGUCAAUGGAAAGAAGUUGGUCGAAUCGCAGAACAUCAAGAUUCAUGCCGAAAAGGGAACUUACACAGUUACAAUUAAGGAUAUUACUAUGGACUACUCAGGCAAAGUACUUUGUGAAGCCGUCAACGAAUUCGGCAAAGCCUCAUCUGAAGCCAUGCUUAAAGUAUUGCCUCGAGGAGAACCCCCAGAUUUUCUGGAAUGGCUCUCCAAUGUCAGAGCUCGGGCAGGAAGCAAAGUGGAACACAAAGUUGUCUUCACUGGAGACCCGAAACCAAACCUAUAUUGGUACAUCAACAAUAAGGAGGUCAAGGAUGGCGUUGAUGGAAUCACUAUCAAAACAACCGACAACACUUCCAUCCUGACCAUCAACAGUUUCCGCCCCGAAGCCCAUGUUGGAGAGAUCAUCUGUAAGGCCGAGAACGACGCAGGAGAAGUCUCUUGCACUGCCAAUAUGAUAUUGUACACCUCUGAUAUGGUUUCCGAAUCAGAGUCGGACGCUUUCGGCGAGGAUCGUCUGGAAGACUUCAGAGAAGAUACUCGAGAAGAACUUACUCGAACCCCCACUCCAGUCAUGGCUCCCUCAUUCAUCACGAAGAUCAAGGACACUACCGCCAAGAAGGGACAUCAAGCCAUCUUUGAGUGUGUGGUACCUGAUACCAAGGGAGUAUGUUGUAAAUGGCUGAAGGAUGGAAAAGAGAUCGAACUGAUUGCUAGAAUCAGAGUUCAGACUAGAACAAUAGAUGGUCACAUUGCCAAUGAACUCAUCAUUGAUGAUGUGCAACCAGAAGAUGCGGGGAAAUACACUGUUGUUGUGGAGAACACUGCAGGCAAGGAUCAAUGCGAGGCUACCUUGACUGUUAUCGGUAAGAUCUUAGAAAAUAAAAAAAUUGCGCAUGAAGAUUCGAUUAACCAAUCAAAAUUGCAGAUGCCCUAGAAAAGAAAGCUCCUGAAAGCAAAGCUCCAGAAUUCACUCUCAAACUCCAGGACAAAUCUGUUUCGCUCAAGGAGAAGGUUGUGUUGGAAUGCCGCGUAACUGGGGUCCCCGAGCCAACUAUUGCCUGGUUCAAGGAUGGUAAACCUGUUGCACAAUCCAAUGAGCCAAUCAAAGUGGAAGGCAAACCCGAUGGAACUCAAAUCCUCAUCCUCGAUCAAGCUCAAGUCUCGAGUCAAGGAGAAUAUAAAUGUGUCGCCAAGAACGAAGCCGGCGAAGCAAAAACAGAAGCUACAAUCAAGGUUCAAGGUAAGAAUCAGUUCGCACAAAAGUUUUCACUUUUUGUGUGCAAGUUUUUGUGAUAUUUUCGCAGUUAAACAAAAUGUCAAGAUCGAUUCAUUGAUUUUUACAUUUUGUUAAUUUUUCACUUGCAUUUUUUAUUACAUUUUCGUAUUUUUCCCGUUUUUCACAUUCCCCACCCACAAUGCACAUGUUUCAGCACUACCCCCACAAUUCACCAAGCCUUUAUCCGAUAAGGAAAUCAACAUCGGAGAUGCCAUCAUCCUCGAAUGUAGUGUUACCGGAACUCCUCAGCCGACCGUUGAGUUCUAUUCGGUGGUUGAUAAUGUCCGUCUUCAAAGCGGAACUCGUGUAGCUGUUCAACAUGAUGCCUCCAAUACUCACUGGAGAUUAGUGAUUAAGGAGACGAAGGAGAACGACCUCCGAAAAUACAAAGCUGUGGCGAAGAAUGAGGCUGGGGAAGUGGCUUGCGAAUGUGUAGUCAGAGCUGCCGGUCCGAAGAUCGAGAAGCCGAAGAUCACUGAUGGUCUGAAGAAUAAGAAGAUAAAACAAGGAGAGACCACCGAAAUGGGAGUUAAAGUUGCCGUCAAUCCGGAAGUCCAACCAGAAGUCGAAUGGUUCAAAGACGGAAAGAAGAUCGAACCCGAGGCUGAUCAUGUCAAGAUCCUUGCCAAUCACGCAACAGGAGAAUAUGUUCUCAAGGUUGUGGAUGCUCGGGCUGAGGAUGAAGGUCAAUACACUGUCAAGGUGUCCAACAAAGCCGGGUCUGAUCAAUCCGAAGCCAAGAUGGCAGUGGAGAAAGAAGAGUUCGUUGCUCCUGAAUUCGUUCAACCUCUUGAGAAUGUGGAUGUCGCUGAACAUGAAACAGCUGAACUCAAGGUUCAAGUCACAGGAAAACCUGAACCUCAAGUCACCUGGCUCAAGGAUAACACACCUAUUAACAUUGAUAAUCAGCAUUUGAUCAAGAGGGAUGGAGCCCAAGGGGAGCAUUCUCUUACCAUAAAGGAUGCCAGACUCGAAGAUGCUGGUAAAUAUUCUUGCCAAGCUGUUAACAAAGCUGGUCAAGCUGAGACAACUGCUAACUUCGGUGUUCAAGAAGAAGUUGAGGCUCCUAAAUUCGUCGAAGGACUUAAACCUGUAGAAAUCAAAGAAGCCGAGACUGCCAAAUUCGAUGUUGUUGUUGCCGGAAAACCAGAGCCUCAAGUACAAUGGUUCAAGGAUGGGCAUCCAGUUCAGCUUGAUGGUACUCAUCUGAUCUCAAGUCAAUCAGCUGGUGGAAAACAUUCUCUGACCAUCAAGGAUGCCAGAAACGAAGAUGCCGGAGUUUACACAGCCAAGGCGGUUAAUAAAGCCGGAUCCGAUGAAUCCAAGGCAAAUCUCGGAGUCAUCGAAGACGUCGAAGCCCCAGAAUUCAUCAAACCCUUGGAGGAUUUGGAAGUGAAACCUGCAGAUUCUGUCAAACUUGAAGUCAAAGUGGUGGGCAAACCUGAACCAGAGAUUGCCUGGACUAAGGACGGAGUUCCCAUCAAUAUUGAUGAUAAACAUGUGAUCAGCAAGAAAGAAGCCGAUGGAAGUCACUCUCUGAUCAUCAAUGAAGCCACCAUCGAAGAUGCCGGAACUUACUCUUGCGAAGCUUCCAAUAAGGCUGGUCGAAAACAAAGUGUUGGUCAAUUGAAAUUCGGAAAGGAAGGAGAAGCCCAAGGACAAGGAGAAGAUGUCGCUCCCAUGUUCAUCGAACCGUUGAAACCACAAAAUUUGGAAGAAGGAAAACCAGCCGAACUGAUCUGCAAGGUGAACCCAGAAUCCAAACCGGAGAUUAAGUGGUUCAAAGAUGGACAACAGAUCCAGGCCAGUCCAAAUCUGGUAAUGGAGAAGUCCGAGGAUGGUACUAUCAAAUUGAAGAUCUUGAAUGCAUCUAGCAAGGAUGUUGGGGAAUAUCGAUGUGAAGCUGUAAACAAGGCAGGUCAAGACAAGACUAUUGGAGCUCUAAAAUACGCUCAAAUCUCGACCGUUGAAGGCGGAGAAGAAGAGGGAGGAUUCCUCGGAUUCGAGAAGGAAUUGCAAGAUCAGACAGUGGAGAAAGCCAAGGAGACUGUGUUGGAGUGUAAACUGGAUGAGAUCUCGGCUCAAACUCCAGAUCUUUCUGUGGAAUGGGCUAAGGAUGGAGCUCCAAUCAAGAAGGGUACUCCGGUUAGAGAUGCUGAUGGAACUCUGACAUUGAAGUUGGAGAACACAGAGGUCGACGAUUCUGGAAAAUAUCAGUGCACGAUUAAGACUAAAGAUUCUGAAGCUUUCACUUCGGCAAACCUCACAGUCACUGGUAAACUUAAUAUGUUUUCUCACUGUCUUUGUUACACUUUGGCACUGGAAGAAUUAAUUCUAAAGUAAAUCCUUAUUUUCAGAUGGCGGUGCCGUCGAUGGUCAAGGAAAGGGAGCUCCAGAAUUCGUGGAACUUUUAAAAUCUUGCACUGUCCCAGAAGAACAGCAGGCCGUCCUUACUUGUAAGGUGAAGGGAAGCCCCAGACCCACUAUUAAAUGGUAUAAGAAUGGUGCUGAGAUCAAGGAAUCCGAUGUUCUGAAGCUAGAAUACGCAGAAGAUGGUCGUAUUACUCUCACCAUCCCCAAAGCCAAGAUAGAUGACUCGGCCGAGUACAGAUGUUUGGCCGAGAAUGAUCACGGCACGGCCUGGACUGAGGGGCCAAUUGUGGUCACCUCCAAAGAUGCGGCCAAGAUUGAUGGAGAGGCACCCGAUUUUGUUCAACCAAUCAAACCAGUCAAUGUGGAGGUUGGAAAGGAUGCCGUCUUUGUUGGAAAAGUAUCAGGAAAACCAUUCCCGGAGAUCAAAUGGUAUCAAGGAAAGAAGGAGAUCACUGCAGCUGAUGCUAAGUUCAAGAUUGAGAGUGAAUCUGAUGGCACUCAGCGUCUUAUUGUCAAGAACUGCAAGCUGGAAGAUGCCGGAGAAUUCAGAUGCGCCGCUUCUAAUCAAUAUGGUGAUGUAUGGGCGGAUACCACUUUGACUGUGACCAGUAAGUUAUACUUAUAUUAAAUUUUUUUGGUAAGAUAUGUAUAUGAUUUAACGCAUUUUUCAGCUCCAAAGGCCAAGGCCCCCGAAUUCGAAAAGGAAUUGGAGGCUGUUGAUGCCAAACAAGGAGAAGAUGCUGUCUUUGAAUGCAAACUGGCUGACGAUGACAACAGUAAAGUCGAUUGGUAUAAGGGCAAUGAGAAGCUGGUUCCUUCGGCCAAUGUCAUCAUCGAGGCUCUGCCUAAUGGAGUCCAUCGUCUCAUCUUGAAGAACGUAUCCCCAGAUGAUCAAGGCAGUUACAGAGUCGAGGCUGUUAAUCCCUCUGGAUCCGCCUCUUCCAAAGCUCCGUUAAAUGUUCAACCAGCCAGCGAAUUCAAGCUGAAGAAGGGACUUCAAGAUCAGAGCCUGAAGAGAGGUCAAAAGCUCCAUCUCUCAGUGGAAGUUGAAGGGAAACCGACAACUGUCAAGUGGUAUAAGGACGAGCGAGAAAUCUCUGGAAGUAGUGAAUAUAUCUUUGAAAAAGUUACUGAUGAAGUAUACACUCUUACUGUCGAAAACAGCGAUUUAAGUAACACUGGAUCUUACAAGGUCUUCCUGACCAAUGGAGUCCAAUCAGUGGAAUCCAGCUGUAAGGUUACUGUAUCUGAAGCCACACAAGCACCGACCUUCAAGAAACCGUUAACUGACACUUCUGUUCCUAAAGUAAGUUAUUCAUAGAUUUGACCUGAGGCUUAUUGUUCAAUUUGUAAUAUGAUGUGCUUUCAGGGAUCUCCAAUCCGUCUUGAAGUUGAAGUUGAUGGAAAUCCCACUUCCGUCAAGUGGUUCAAGGAUGGAGAACCUGUUCCAGAUAACCUUGCUCAAGACCUUGGAAAUGGAAAAUACGCCCUCAACAUCCCUGAAGCCAAGGCCGAAGACUUUGGCCGUUACUCUGUACAAGUGGCCAACGAAUCUGGCCAAGCCUCCUCUGCUUGUAAUGUGACCGAAGAUAAGGGCAAAGAAAAAGGCGACGGAGAUGAUGGAGGAAAGAAACCGAAGAUUGUGGAAGGUCUCAUUCCUCAGACUGUCAAGGUCGGGGAACCGGCUCGAUUCCAAGUCAAGGUGGAAGGCCCUGUAAAGCAAGUUAAAUGGUACAAGAAUGGAAAGGAAUUGGGUCCAGAGAAGGCUAAGGAAGUUGCGCCAGGCGUGUAUGCUCUGGAGAUUCCAGAAGCCGAAGUGGAGGAUUCUGGAGACUUCAAGGUCGUGGUCUCCAACGACUUCGGAGAGGUUGAUUCCAAUGCCGCUUUGACUGUCAAGCUGCCUCCAAUCAAGAUUGUCAAAGGACUUGAAGAUCUCGAGGUUCCUAAAGGCACAGAAGCUGUUCUCUACGUGGAAACUGAUCGUCCCCCUAAGGCGAUCAAGUGGUAUAAGAAUGGAAAAGAAGUCUCUCCGAAUGAGAAACCACAGGCCUCAACUGUCAAGCCGAAUGGAUUCCAAUUGGUGAUCCCAGAUGCCGAUGAUGAAGAUGCCGGCACAUUCAAGGCAGUUGUUUAUAAUGACGAUGACGAACCAACGGAAACCUUCUGUGCUUUGACUGUAAAACUCCCACCCAAGACGAAAGAAAAGCCCAAAAUUGUGGAUGGUCUUGCUGACAAGCUUGUACCUGUUGGCAAAGAACUAGAGGCAACAAUCAAGGUUGGGAUUAGUGAACUUAAAUAUAGUUUCAAAUCAAAUAUAAAUUACAAUUCUUUGAUUUCAGACCUCUGGAAGCCCAACACAAAUCAAAUGGUACAAGAAUGGAUCAGAACUCUCCCCAUCUGCCAAUCUACUCAUCCAAAAGGUCGAUGAUAACACUUUCACUCUCCGAAUCCCCAAGGCGUCUUUGGACUCCACUGGAAAUUAUGAGGUUGUUGUGUCUAAUGACCUUGGAAGCGAUGAAUCUAAAGGAAAGUUCACUGUCGAAGAGCCCAUUACCUUCUUGAAACCUCUCAAAGAUCAAGAAGUCAUUGAAGGCGAGAGAGUUGAAUUCACUGUGGAGACAAACACGAAACCCCAUACCAUCAAAUGGUACCGCAACGGAAAAGAAAUCACUCCAGAUAAUCGCAUUGAACUGACUGAAGAUGGAAAUGUGAUCAGCUGUGUCCUCAAAUGGGCCCAGAGUUCCGAUCAAGGUCAAUUCAAGGUGGUUCUUACCAAUUCGGCUGGUCCAGCUGAGUCUGAGGCCAAGCUGACUGUCAAUAAGAAGCUCACUUUACCUCCGAAGAUCAUCAAAGACCUCGAGAAUGCUAUUGUGGCCAAAGGAGAUGCAAUAAUCUUCGAAGUCGUGGUUGAUGGUGAUGUUGCUGAUGUCAAGUGGCUCAAGGACGGAAAGAAUGUGACGAAUGAAAAUGGAUUCAAGCCCGAGAAAGUUGAUGACAAGACGUAUCGUCUAACCAUCCCUGUCUCCGAACUUGACCAUGCCGGAGAAUAUGAAGUCCAGUUGUCUAACGAUGGUGGAAAGGCGACUUCAACUGCUGCUGCUGAAGUUGAUGAGAUCCCCAAGAUCGUUAAAGGAUUGGUUCCUGGAAGUGUGGACGAAGGAGAUGAGCAUCUCUUCAGAGUUGAAGUAUCGGCUCCAGUAAGGGAAGUCAAAUGGUACAAGAAUGGCCAAGAACUCAUCGAUUCCCCAGAGGGUAAAUUGAAGAAGAUCAGUCCCAAGAAGUACGAACUCCUCAUUCCGAAGACUCUUGUGGCUGACGCUGGAGAUUACAAGGUUGUCCUCUCCAACAAGGCCGGCUCCUGUGAUUCCGAGGCCCCAUUGGCGGUGAAGAAACUCCAGACCGUCAAAUUGAUCAAACCACUUCAAGAUGUCACUCUCGAUGAAGGUCAGGAACUUGUUCUGUCUUGUCAGAUCGAGGGAGUUCCCAAGUCUGUCAAAUGGUACAAGAAUGGCCAGGAAGUCACACCCUCUGAGAAAUUACUGUUAUCUGCGAAUGACAAUGGAGAAUAUACCCUCAAAGUUCCGGCUGCUCUUCCUGGAGAUGGGGCUGCUUACAGGGUUGUGUUUGAGACAGAUAAAGGAGAUGUCCAAACUGGAUGUGUUGCUCAUGUCAGACCAAAGAAAGAGGAAGAAAAGAAAUCUCAGCCGACAUUUGUAUCUCCCCUUCAAGAUGUUACCAUUCCUGAGGGCGAGAUCCUGACUCUCAAAUGUCAAGUCAACGGCCAACCAACCCCAACUGUCAAGUGGUAUAGAAACGGCCAAGAACUUAUCCCAUCUGACAGAAUUGUUCAACGACUGGCUCUUGAUGGAACAGCUACUCUCAGAAUCAUGGAUGCCAAGAAGGAAGAGGCCGGAGACUUCAAGGUGAUCGCCACUAAUGAAGUUGGAACCGCUGAAAGUACUUGCGUAGUGAAGGUUCUGUCUGGAGAUGAACUCCCAUCAGCUCCUAAAUUCAUCAUCCCUCUGAAGGACACCAAAACUCCCAUUGGAGGAACUGCUGUCUUCAAUGUCAAGGUCAAAGGAUGUCCCAAGCCAGAGGUCACCUUUACUCUCAAUGGAUCUCCUGUACCUGUCGAUGGAAACAGAAUUAUCCUUGAGGAUCUGGCUGAUGGAAACUGGUCACUGACUAUCAAUGAUAUCACCGAUGCUGACUUUGGAACCCUCAAAUGCACGGCCACCAACGAGAAUGGAAAGGCCGAUUGUUCCGCCGUUUUUGGUCUGGAUGACAGCCAGAAGGGUGCCAAGGAAGAAGAAGGAUACCCACCCAAGUUCAACGUUCCUCUGUGGGAUCGCCGAGUCAUCGAUCGUCAGCCAACUUCCAUCGAAUGUCAUGUGGAUGCAAAGCCUCGGGCUGAAAUCACUUGGUUCAAAGAUGGAAAGGAACUCACUUCAGGCAAUGGAGUGGAGAUCGAGAACACCUUCGAUGGUGCAUGCAGAGUCAAGUUCGCCGAAUUCAAGGAGGAAAACUGUGGCCAGUACAAAUGCGUGGCCAAGAAUGAGUACGGAGUCGCUGAUACUAUCGCGCAUCUCAGCAUUGAAACCGAAGGAACGGAAGAGGUUGGAGAAGAAGAAGAAACUGCUCCACGAUUCAACCCCGGUCUCACCGACAAGAAGAUCGUCUCUGGAGAUAAUCUUGAACUGACUUGCAAGGUCCAAGGGGUACCGAAGCCAUCAAUUGUUUGGUAUAAGGAUGGUAUUCCACUUGCUGCAUCCGAUAUCAUCUCAAUUGAUUACGAUGAAGACACUGGAGAUUGUAGUCUGAAGAUCAAAGGCGCUACUGAUCAACAUCAAGGAGCAUACAGAUGCGUGGCCUCCAACAAGAACGGCACUACCAACACUGCUUGCUUAGUAACUGUGCAAUCCACCAAAGAAGAGAAGAAGAAGGAAGGGGCUGAACCAUUCUUCACAAAAGGUCUGGUCGACCAAUGGUUGGAUCGCGGAGAAACUGUUACUUUGCAUUGCGAGGUCACAGGAGAUCCAGCCCCCGAAAUCAAAUGGUAUCGAAAUGGAACUCUGCUCAAACCAAGCGAUAAGAUCUCUAUCGAAAAUACCCCUGAUGGCAAAUGCACUUGUACCGUCAAGGAUUGCAACAUGACUGAUGAAGGCGUAUAUCGUUGCGAAGCCGAGAAUGCCCAUGGAAAGGCCAAGACCCAAUGUAAUGCUCAUGUGGACAUGGAAUUGUCCAAGGCCGAGCCUCUGAAGGUCGAAGAAGGCCAACCGCCAAGAUUCAUCAUCCCUUUGGAAGAUGUUACUACUCUCAAAUCGUCGAAUGUAGCCCUGGAAUGCAAGGUGACUGGAGUCCCCAUGCCAUCAUGUAAAUGGACCAAAGACGGAGUCCCCUUAUUCGAUGAUCAUCACUUCGAAUGGGACAACAACCCAGCUGCCGGCACUUACCGGUUGCUCAUUAAGGACUUCAAUUCUCAUUACGAGGGAACCUAUCGAUGCGUGGCCACCAAUGAGUCUGGAUCAGCAACCACCAAGUCAUUCGUCAAGUUGGACGAUUCUGUUGGAGAUCGGAAGGAUGUAAGACCUCCUCAUAUCAGUGCCAAACUCUCCGAUGUCCGCGUCAAUGAAGGACAACCUCUCAACCUGGAAUGUCGUAUUGAUUCGGAUGUUCCUCCUGAAGUUACUUGGUACAAGGAUGGUGCUAAAGUUGUGCCCUCGGAUCGUGUCCGCCUUGAGCUCACCCCGGAAGGAUAUGCCCGUCUUAUUAUUCCCUCAGCCACCCUUGAUGACGAUGGAAUGUAUCGGAUUGUAGCCACAAAUGAAGCCGGCACUGCUCAUGACAAAUGCACUGCUACUGUGAAGAAGUCGUCUCGUCCAGCUGAUACCACACCCGGAUUGGAUGAUGGAUAUGAGACUGGAAAGGCACCCAAGGUUGUUAUCCCUCUGGAGACCAUCAGAGUCAACGAGAAGCAAGGAUUCACUCUCCGUUGUAAAUUCUCUGGAGCCCCUAAAUUGGCGAUAAAAUGGUUCAAGGAUGGAGAGCGUCUCUACUCUUACAGUCAUGCUCAGAUUACCGAGAAUGAAGAUGGUUCCACGGAAUUGGUCGUCCCAGAAUCCUCCAAAUCUGAUGCCGGCACCUACCGUUGUGUGGCCGAGAAUGAUUUUGGAAGCGCUCGAACUACUGGACAGGUUACUGUAACCGCCAAAAGUCGGCAACCCAGAAGUAUCAGCGAGCAGUUGAACAAGGGCAAGGCCCCUGGAUUCACGAUCCCCUUGACAAUCAAAAAGGCCAAACUCGGGGAUACUGUAACAUUCGAAUGUCUUCCUUAUGGAGAGCCUUUCCCCGGAAUCAAAUGGAUGAAAGAUGGAAUGGAAUUGUUGCCUAAGGACGGAAUCAAGAUCGAAGCGGCCGAAGAUGGAACUCAGCGGUUGAUCCUCGAGAAUGUGGAUAUGUUGAGUGAAGGAUACUAUAGAUGUGUGGCCACAAAUGAACAUGGAACGGCCAGCACUAAGGCUGAAUUGGUACUAAUCGGUGAGUAUCUUUAUUCAAUAUGA